AAACGGACGCAGCGAAUCCAGCGUCGUGUGUGCACACGUGUAAAUUGCAUAGCAUUUGGGAUGCGAAAUAAACGAUGAGGAAGUGAUUGUUGGGUUGGAGUGAGUUUGAUGUUUGAUGUGAUGUCCAACAACAACAGCAAGAAGCGCCGCCAUGCUCCGCCGCCACCAGCAGCCGACGCUGUUUUUCGCAUCGUGUGUCCGGCCUCGAAGGCGGCGGACGUAAUGGUUCUGUCCGGCGAUGGAGCUAAGAUUAUGGUGGAGGACUUGGGCGCGGCGGAGGAGCGCGUUGUUGUAAUCGUGGCAGCGGCAGGCGCGACUUCUUCCGAGGAAUCGGCUGCGCAGGCUGCAUUGAUUAGGGUUUUUGAAAGAACGGUGGAAGAUGAAACUAAGAAUUCCAGCAAUUCUACAGUGUCGUGUAAAUUGGUGGCGCCUAGCUAUCAAGUUGGUUGCGUGCUAGGGCGAGGAGGCAAGAUCGUCGAAAAGAUCAGGCAAGAGAGUGGGGCCCACAUCAGGGUUUUGCCCAAAGAUCAACCUCCUCUUCCUCCUACCGGAGAUGAAUUCAUUCAGAUAACAGGAAACUUUACGGCAGUAAAGAAAGCGAUUUUAUCUGUUUCGACUUGUCUUCAUGAUAACAAUGGACCAAAUUCUGGUGCGUUUAAACCUUCUGGAGCAGCUCCUGCUCAGGUUGAUGGUUAUCCUCAACGUAGUUAUGGGUCGUCUGGUUCAUAUGCUCCACCUGAUCACCAUUCCAGAGGUUAUUCUUUUCCGGGUCCAGAAAGUGCUGGACCUCCUCAUAGGAUGUUUGUGGAAGAGGAGGUUGUCUUCAAGCUGUUGUGCCACCAUGAUAAAGUUGGUAGUCUUAUUGGCAAAGGCGGUUCUGUGGUGCGGGCUCUUCAAAAUGAAACUGGUGCAUCUAUCCAAAUUGUUGAGGCUGGACCUGAUUCAGACGAGCGCAUUGUUGUGAUAUCUGCACGAGAGGUGUUCGAGCAAAAGCAUUCCCCUGCACAAGAAGCUGUCAUCCGUGUUCAUUGCCGACUUACAGAGAUUGGAUUUGAGCCAAGUGCUGCAGUUGUUGCUAAGCUUCUUGUGCGUUCACCACAGGUGGGUUGCCUCUUGGGCAAGGGAGGUCUUGUUAUAUCUGAAAUGCGAAGGGCCACAGGUGCCAGUAUACGCAUUUUUUCAAAGGAACAAGUCAAGUUCAUUUCCCAAAAUGAAGAAGUUGUACAGGUUAUUGGGAGCUUACAAUCCGUUCAGGAUGCUUUGUUUCACAUAACAAGCAGAAUUAGGGAAACCAUUUUCCCAGUAAGGAACCCUCCAAAUUUUAAUGCACCACCACAUUUGCCACCAUAUCCAGAAAUGCCACCUCCUUUAUUUAGGCCAAGAAAUCACAUGAUGUCCUCUGGCCACCCUCCUCCUUCUCCUCAAGUUGGGCACCAUGGAAUCGACCAUUCAACUGUUCCCCCCAUGCCUAUUGACCAUCAGCAACAUGCAUUUGUACAUGGUAUGGGACGUGGUCCCCCAAACAUGGAUCGAGUUCCCUAUCCUCGUGGUUAUGAAGGGCCAACUUCUCCAAGAUCAUGGCAUCCUCUGGCAGUUAACAGAGGAAAUCCAGGAACAGCUGAUACUUCUAGUUUUUCCUCCAGAAAUGAGAACCCUGGAAAGAAUGGACACCCAUUACAGAAUCCAAAUAACUUAACGAUUGAGAUCACUGUCCCUCACAUGUAUUUAGCCCACGUUUACGGAGAGAAGAAUGGCAACCUUACUCAGAUUCGACAGACGUCUGGUGCAAACGUGGCGAUUCAUGAUCCAAAACCUGGAGCCACUGAGGGUCUGGUGAUUGUCUCUGGAGCACCAGAUCAAACUCAUGCUGCUCAAUGCCUGAUUCAAGCUUUCAUUUUAUGUGGGCAGACCGUAGCCUGAAACUGCAGGAACAAGAGGCAAUCUAAAAGCAGCAGGACUUAUAAUAGAUAUACCCAUCAUGAUAGAUUAAGGAUUUUAUAUCAAGGUUGUUGUACCAAUUUUCAGAAUUUGGUUGUUCAAUUAGUAUAAUUUAUUUGUUCUUUACA